CAGACUUCAUUUGAAAUCUGUAGAAAUUUGAAACGAUUCACAGAGUUCAUUAAGAAUUAAAUUCCAAUUGUUGGCUGUUGCUAUGAAAUUACCUUGAAAUCCAGGUUCCAGAAGAACAUGCAUGGAUUUCUAAGGAUUUCUUUACAAGAUCUGCCUUCUCCCGAAACCGACGCUUCAACCAUCGAUCUCAAAUUCUUAACCAUCAGAAGAAGGAACCGCAGAUUUUUCAAAACGUUAUCGAAAUCCCCUGUUAUUGUUUUUCACGCAAUCUUCCGAUCGUGUAGCAGCUAAUUAGCCCUCUUCAAAUGCCGCCCACCCCCAAAACAUUUCCCCCAUUGAUUCGAUUCAUGGAUUCAUUGUUCUUGAUUAGAUGCUUUCCCCCUGUUAUUCUCCUAACCAAAAGAGAGAGAAACAGCGAGGGGUUGGUUGGUGACAAAUUUAUGCUUCAAAAGAAGGGUUAAGUAAUGGGUUUUAGGUCUAUCAACUGGUGGUUAAGCAACCAACCACCAUCGCGAUGCAUCGCCGCCACCAUCUUCUUCUUGUUGUUCCUUUUGUUUUAAGGCUUUUAUUUGUUUUUCUUUCUGUAUGUAGCUUUUUUCACACGUGAGAGAAGGCAUUGAAUGAUUGGGAUUGACGAUGACUUCUUCCCUUACUUUUAACCUGUAAAAUAUUUCUUAGUUGUUGGUGCUGCGCUUCUCGUUAAUAUAUACUCCUUUUCUUUAAUGUGUUCUUAAUAAUUUAUUGCUUUUUUGUCGAGUUGGUGUUGGAGUCGUUGUUCCAAUUAUGAGGAAGAGAGAAGAAGUGAAGAAGCUGCGUUCUUCGUCUUUAUUUGGGGGGUUUUGUGAUUAUUGAUUGAUUAUAUUAAUGGGGUUUCUUAAAUCCUCUUGGGAUUAGUGAUUCUUCUCCAUUUUGGGAAUCUGGGUCUUCUUAAUUCUUGUUUCUUCCCUACAAUCGCAUAAUUUCUUUUGUGUUCUGUAACUUUGAUUCUUUGAUUGAAAAUCUACUGAUGAACUUCUUUAUGAAAGUGGGUUUUGUUUGUUUCUUCUGUUUGGGAACUUUUUGAUUCUCUUGCUUCUUUUGUUGCUUCAUCAGUUUCAUGUGUUUUUCUUUUGAAUCUCUUGUUUGUUUGAUCAGUCUCUGUUGGUUUGCUGGGCCAUGAUUCUUGGAAGAUUAAGAGCUGUUUUUCAUUCAGAUGACAUAUUUUCCUAGUUUAAGCAAUCCAAGAGAGUCCACGUUGGGUGACCAAAAACUUGGUUCUUCUUGCCAAGAACAGCUGCUCUGUUCUGGGAAUUUGAUGAUGUUUAUGAAUCAUCAAGACCCUUCUUGCGGUGAUUACUCUGAGAUUUUUUCUGGGGUUUCUUCAAAUUAUGUUGAAUCUGUGGGAGAUAGAAGUAAUGGUGAAAUGGGUUUCAUUCCACCGGUUGUGGGAAUUUUAGAUCACUCAAAUUUUCAAUGUCAGGGUGUUUCACUUAGCCUUUCCACACACUCACCUUCUGUUGUUUCAUUGCCUUCAUUUCCUUCCCAAUAUCAGACCCGUGCCUUGCCUUCUUCAUUUAUCUGUGCACCUCCUUCGAUCUUUGAGCAAAGGUCGAAUCCGAAACUGUGUAUGUCUGAUGCAAAAAAUGGUAUGUAUAUGUCGGUUGCUGCUGCGAAUUUGGUUUCGAAUUCGAUAUACAUUGAAGCUGCACAGCAGUUGCUUGAUGAAGUUGUUAGCAUUGGGGAAGCUUUGAAGGAGUUGAAGUCUAAGAAACUCAAGGGUUCUAAUGAUCUGACUGGGGAGAUGUGUUCCGAUGCGACGGAUUCGUUGCUUGCGAAUUCGUCUGGCGAUCUAUCGCCUACCGAACGACAGGACUUGAAGAACAAAAACUCGAAGCUGUUGUCCUUGUUGGGUGAGGUCGAUCGAAGAUACAAGCAAUACUACCAACAAGAGCAGUUCUUAGCAUCAUCGUUUGACCUGGUAGCAGGCCGUGGGGCUGCAGAGUUCUACACUGCACUUGCACAUUGGACUAUUUCGUGUCACUUUCGACGCCUGCGAGAUGCCAUCAAUGCACAGAUUAAGACCACAAGAAGAACCUUAGGGGAGCAAGAUGCUUCACAUUCUGGCCAAGAGGGCAUUCCUCGUCUCCGCUUUGUCGAUCAGCAGCUCAGGCAACAGAGAACCCUUCAGCAGCUCGGCGUCACGUCACAUAGUUGGAGGCCUCAACGAGGACUACCCGAAAGCUCCGUGUCGAUUCUUCGUGCUUGGCUGUUUGAACACUUCCUCCAUCCAUAUCCCAAAGAUUCAGAGAAACUUAAGCUAGCAAGACAAACUGGCCUGACUCGAAACCAAGUUGCAAACUGGUUCAUAAACGCGCGUGUUCGGCUAUGGAAACCGAUGGUCGAAGAGAUGUACAAAGAAGAAUUCGGAGACACGAACAUGGACAUCAAAUCCUCACCAGAAAACGCAUCCAAACCAUCAUGGAACAACAACUCACUCUUCUCCGAGGACAGGUCAGGAGACAAGUUACACGACAACACGAAGUCAGCAGCAAGCAACAACGAGCGAGUUCUCUACUGUCCGUGUUCUACCGACGACAUGAUCAAGCCGAGCAACUUCUCAGUCGACGGAGAUGUUUCACUAGCACUGGAGCUGAAGCACUGCGAAGGCGAAGAAUUCGGCAUGUUCGGAAGUAGUAACAAUAGAAUCGUCGGUUCUAUAGAGCUUGAGACACAAGAUUUCCAAUGCAGGCUCCCAAGCUCAAAUAUGUUGCAUGAUUUUGUAGUAUGAAACUUUGAUAUACAUGUAUAUAAAAAAAAGGGUAUAAUAGAUAUUAUUGGAAAAUUGUGGAUAUAAUUGCAAAUAAAUGUAAUUUUGUUUGGAUUUUUCCAAAUAA